UAUCGUGGCCAUAAUAAUUGUAGUUAACUUUAAAUAUAUUUCAAUAAAAUAUUCAAUUUAUUUUUAGAAAAAAAAAUCUACAGCUAUGUUGUGGCAUAUGCUUGUAGUUUGCUCGUUUGCAGCUAUAGUGUCAGGAAGGAGUACCUCAGAUUCACUACUCGUAAAUAUCGAGCAAGGGCCUGUAAAGGGAUACAAACCAUCUCAAGGAGGUCUUUAUGUGUUCUAUAAUAUACCUUAUGCAACAGCGCCUACUGGAACUGAAAGAUUCAGGCCACCUCUUCCGCCACCAACAUGGACUGAACCUUUUGAAGCGGUUCAAAGCAAAAUUGUAAUGUGUCCACAAGGGAUGCCCAACUGGAACGCGAAUCAAGAAAACCGUAUUCAAAUGCAAGAAGAUUGUUUGAUAGCAAACGUAUAUGUCCCUGAUACAGACGAAAAAAAUCUCCCCGUUAUUGUAUACGUACAUGGCGGAGCGUACCAACUCGGACAUGGGACUGAUAUGGAAGCAACAACCCUGGUCAAAACAAGAAACAUAAUUGCUGUCAGUUUUAACUAUCGUCUAGGAGCUCAUGGCUUACUCUGCCUAGGAACUAAAGGCAUACCCGGCAACGCUGGUAUGAAAGACCAAGUAGCCUUACUUCGGUGGGUACAAAGUAACAUUGCGCAAUUUGGUGGGAAUCCCAAUGAUGUUACUAUUGAUGGAUGGAGUGCAGGUGCUUCGUCAGUUGAUCUAAUAAUGCUAUCAAAGAUGGCAAGAGGAUUGUUUCAUAAAGUUAUACCGGAAAGUGGUUCUAAUACCGCAUCAUUCAGUGUUCAAGUUGAUCCUCUUGCAAACGCUAGAAAUGUCGCAAAAGAAUUAAGAUUUAAUGACAUCGAUAAUAUAGAUGCACUAGAAAAUUUCUUCCUCAAUGCACCCAUAGACUCUUUGUGGUCCGUAAACGUUUUUACUAGUAAAAAUAGUUCCGUGGUGUUUUCUCCGUGCAUAGAACGAGACAUUGGAGAGGAAAUGUUCCUCGACGAUCAUCCAGUAAAUAUUUUAAAGAGCGGCGACUAUCCCAAAGUGCCAAUGCUGUAUGGCAUUUCUGAAAUGGAGGGUAUAUUCCGUGUAGGAUUUUUUGGACUUUGGAGAAAUGCAAUGAAUGAAAAAUUUUCUGACUUUUUCCCAGAAGACUUAGAAUUUGAAGACGAGAAUGAAAGAAACGAGGUGGCAAGCAAAGUUAAACAAUUUUACUUUGGAAACGAGCCUGUCGGUGAAAAUAAUAUUCUAUCUUACGUGGAUUACUUCACAGAUGUAAUGUUUGGAUACGGAACAGCAAGAGCUGUGCAGUUGCAAGUAGAAGCUGGCAAUAACCAAAUUUAUUUAUAUAUCUACGGAUUCGCCGACGAAAGUGAAGACUAUAUAUUACACACAAACGUUCGUGGUGCUACACACUGUGCACAAACUAAUGCCGUGAUGGAUCAAGGAGACGAAAGUAAACUUUCCGCAGAAAAUCAAAAAAUUAAGGCUGUUAUGAGAGAUUUAUGGGGAACCUUUAUAAAAACAGGAAAACCCGUCCCAGAAGGUUCUGAAUACCCAGCGUGGCCCGCCGUGGGGGUAAACCGGGCACCUUACAUGUACCUGAACAGCAAACUGGAGUUGAGAGGUUCAUUCCUGGGAAGCCGAGCUACGUUCUGGGACGAUAUUUACAGCAAACACUUCAGAAUGCCAGUACCACCGACUCAUUAGAAAUGUAUCUAAAAAUAAUUGGACUGAAAUUGACUGAAAACCGAAAUAAAGCUUGAAGUUUUUA